CCGGAUAGACCGCCUAGUUUUAGGUACAAGAGGCUACCUGCGCAUAUGAAGCGCUGAAGGAAAUAUAGCCUACGCACCACCAGAGUUUUAGCCAUCAUCAUCAUCAUCACUUUUUGUUAUACAGCAUGAUGAGUUCCAGUAGCUUGGUGAAAUUUAUGCUUUUUACUUCCUUUGUGAUAUUAUUGACUUUACUAUACUUUUAUCAAGAAAAGAUAACAUGUUCAUCGCCACCGCUUCCAAGCAUUCAGAGCCUGAAGGUCCAGUCUCAACAAGUUCCCUGCUCCUGCCUCAAUGGGGCCACAGCUCUGAAGAACUACGUCAACAAGGAUAAGUUUGAUGACAUCAUCAGACGGAGGGCGGAGGAGUACAAAAAGCAUCAGAUACGGAAAAAGCCACCACCAAGCAAAGUUCUGUUAGCGCAAGCUAACUCUCCUCUGCAAUAUCCAAUCCAAGGAUUCACAGUUAUUCCUCUUCAGAAGAGCCUCAUACCAGGUUUAAGUGUACAUGCUGUCGAAAAGCAAAAUUACCAGGUGACACUGAGCGCGAGCGGUGGUGUCCUGGCAGUGGAAAGUCUUCAGGAAAAGGACCAAGUGCAGGGACAGGGUGAGAAGGUUCUCUCCAUUUCUACCUCCAGCCUGCAGUCUCUCAAUGACCUGCUGGGUCGGGUCUCCUACAGAAGCACUGUGUACAGCAUCAAGUCUGGAGACCUGGUACACUUCACCUUUGAUCAGUACAAGGCCGUCUUCCCCAUUGAGAUCCGACAGCCUACAGUGCCAGUGCUGUACGACCUUGGAGAGGGUAUCAGUUCUCAAGUAACAAUAACAACUAAGACCUUCCUGAGAUACAACCAACUGAACUAUCUCAUCAGAAGUAUAAGAAAUGUUUACAAAGACAUCAAAAUCAUUGUUGCGGACGACAGCUUCAACCCACAGAAAGUGAACGGCAGCAACAUUGAGCAGUACUUCAUGCCACCUGCACAGGGCUGGUUUGCUGGCAGGAACCUUGCCAUCUCACAGGUCACCACCAAGUACUUCCUGUGGGUGGACGAUGACUUUGAGUUCAUAGACAACACAAAGAUUGAGAAAUUUGUUGAAAUCAUGGAGGCUGUGCCUGAACUGGAUGUGCUGGGUGGAUCUGUAGGCACAAAUGCCUUUACUUUCAAAGUCUUGUAUGAGGAGGGGGAUGAGGAAGGUGGCUGUUUGAGUAAAAUCCCAGGAAACUACCAGCCGGUUCCGGGCAUCCCAAACUGCUUCUACACCUCUGGGGUUGUCAACUUCUUCCUGGGCCGGACAGACGCCGUGCGCAGAGUGGGCUUCGACCCACUGCUGAAGAGAGUGGGCCACUCAGAGUUCUUCAUGGACGGGCUGGGGGAGCUGCUGGUGGCGAGCUGUCCCGAUCUGUCGAUCGGACACCAGGCCAAAAGAGCGGACACGAACGGCGAGUAUUACAAGUACCGCAUGCCGCCCAGGAGCGACACCGACAGCAAGCUGGCGCUCCACUUCUUCAAGAAUCGGCUGAAGUGCGUCAAGUACUGAAACAGCCGAGAAGGACUUGCGUGCGCUUCAGGGAGCGCCGUUCAGGGAUAUGUGUGUAUUUACAUCCACAUCUUAAAAACCACUACUGUGCGUUACAUUCUGGUCCCUAACCGGGCCUCCGUCUGCACAAGGAAUAGUGCAUUUUUUAAAUUAUUAUUUAAAUGUUUAAAGAAAUGUGUAUUUGAAUUCAAAUGUGAUUGCUGGCAGUGUAUUGUUUGCAGGCGCGUCUUAUGCGACCCACUUAGCAUUUCAGGGGUUAAUUAUGCCUGAGUGUAGGCCCUGGGUAAUUUCAGAGGGGUUUUUAAUCAGGCAUAUUUUUUAACAGCAUAUUUGAUAUGUACAUAAUUCUUACAGGUGUAAUUUGCUUAGGGAUAGGACCACAGCCAUGGGAAAUGUGAUCCCUUUUUCUUCACAUGAAGCAUGUGUUUGUAGUUAAUUCUGUGUGUAUGUGUGAAAUUUGUGCGUAUUGUGCUCGAUAUGCACAGUGCCUUGUAUCACACACUGAGACUAAGGACCAUUCCGUCCCCUGGUACCCUUUUUUAAUUAUCCUUUCUGAAAUUGUCAUUCUCCGACUGCACAGUGCUGAUCCAGGCAAAUCAGCCUCCUCCGUUUUUCCUUUACUUUCCAUCUCAGCGGCCUGAGUCGUUUAAAGGCGGCGUCGCCCGCAUAGCGUUGUUGACCGAUGGCGUUCGCCGCGGCGGGUGGCGGGGGGGGGGGGGGGUGGUUGCGCCCGACGGCGUCUGAAAGGACGAAGGACGCGUACGCGCAUCGGGAGAAGGGCGACUUCGACAUCGAAGCUCCCCCCUCCUUCGGUUGCUUUGCUUUUUCAAUAAUAGCAACAAUGACGCAUCCCUCCGAUGAAUUCCGCGGAGGUACGUCGACCGCAUUAAUCCAGUCGCUACGGCGACGCCUGGUGGACAAUCGCAAUGACUCUUGAAUAAACAGUUGCGGAAAAAAAAAAACCAAAACGCAUGGCCAAUUACAUUUCAGGAAUUUAGCAGAUCCUCUUACAUUCACGUCUCGUGUGUUAAAACAUGCAAACAGUUUACACUGCUGAAUGUUCUUCUGACACUUUUGUGGCGAGUACCUUGCUUAAAGGUACGGCUGCUGCCCGUAUUUAGUUUCCUAACCCGUAGGUAGUUUCCAUUGCCACUCACUGUUCCUGAUACGCCACAGAGUGCACUUUAAGCAAUGCUGCGUUCUCCUGUCAGAUGUCUGGAGCUAUGUGGGUGGGGCUUUCUUACUUCCUGGAUGAGAGACCCCCCCCGGAAAAGCUCGGCUGCUGCUGGUGCUGCUGCUGGUGCUGGUGCUGCUGCUGGUGCUCCGUUUGGUGGACUGGUGCGGGGGUUGGAAUGCCGUAUGGCUCAGACGACAGGCCAACCCUAACCCUUUCACCCAGGACCAGGCAGCUACCGGGACACUGUGCUGCAGGAGGCGCUGCCGUCUCCUGGAUGUGACCGAGGCCCUGACUCGCUGUGGUGAUUAAAGAUGUCACGGCACUUUACCAUGAAGAGGAGUGGGGCUGAGGUUCCGUCUACGCACAGCCGAAGUUGUGGGGCUUCCUGGUGUCCUGUGAAAUAUUCUCAGUGUAGUUUAGAUUGUUCCGGAACACUGUGGGAUGCGUGCGGAUUAUUCCGGAAGUUUGUGCAGUGAACAACGUGUCUGAGGACUGCCUUCUUUCCUCUUAAUUGUGUUUCUGCAGACUGUAGUUUUGAACCUUUGAAUAUUUUUCAUCAGAUCUAUUUUUUAUUUAUUUUGUUUUUAUCUGGGCAAGUAAUAUUUCAAAUGUGAUGAAUUUCUCUUGUAAUUGUUUAAAAUCACAGUUUUUUUUUAAGUUUUUUAAAAAUGUUCGCUUUGAAUAAACAUACUGAUUUUCA